CUAAUCCAACCCCUCUCACAUGAAAAAUUAAGAAACUAAGGCCCUGAUAAGUUCAGUGUUCUGCAGACGCUGUCCGGCGAGUCCCAGUCGUGAAGCUUUUUCAGCAUACAGGGGUCCAAGAUGCAGGCAGGAAAGCCGAUCCUCUAUUCUUAUUUCCGAAGCUCUUGUUCCUGGAGAGUUCGAAUAGCUCUAGCUCUCAAGGGAAUUGACUAUGACAUCUCUCCCGUUAGUCUCAUAAAGGAUGGGGGGCAGCAGUUUACUAAGGAAUUCCAGACGCUGAACCCCAUGAGCCAAGUGCCAACCCUGAAGAUUGAUGGCAUUACCCUUAGCCAGUCACUGGCCAUCAUUGAGUAUCUAGAAGAGACACGACCAACACCCACCAGGCUCCUGCCACAAGACCCAAAGAAAAGAGCCAGUGUCCGCAUGAUCUCAGAUCUCAUUGCUAGUGGAAUUCAGCCCCUGCAGAACCUAUCUAUCCUAAAGAAAGUGGGCCAAGAGACCCAGCUGACAUGGGCACAAGAAGUCAUCAACUCUGGCUUUGGAGCCCUAGAACGUGUCUUGCAGAGCACAGCAGGGAAAUAUUGUGUGGGAAAUGAGAUUUCCAUGGCUGACAUAUGCCUGGUGCCUCAGGUGACUAAUGCUGAGAGGUUUAAGGUGGACCUCUCCCUAUACCCCACUAUCAGCCGCAUCAACAAGACCUUGCUCACCAUAGAGGCUUUCCAGGUGAGCCACCCUUCCCGGCAGCCUGACACCCCUCCAGAACUUCGGGCCUAAAUCCUGACAUUUCCACCUCAGGGACAGCCAAAGAGUGUGAACUGCAGUUUUAAGAGCCACAAAGAUAAAUCAUGCUCCAUGAAAUGAACCUUGGCAUAGAAAUCAAGACACCUAGGCUUUACCAACCACAGAAUUCCUCUGAACCUUAGUUUCCUUUUCCAUCAAAUCCAAAGGUCAAUAGUACCUGUUCUACCUACUUCACAGGGUUAAGGUGAUUGGGUUCAAUGCAAUUAUUUAGGCAAAAUUCUUGGAAGAACAUGAAGUGCUGAAUAAAGAAAUGAUGGGGGGGGCAGCUAGGUGGCGCAGUGGAUAGAACACCGGCCCUGGAGUCAGGAGGACCUGAGUUCAAAUCCAGCCUCAGACACUUGACACUUACUAGCUGUGGGACCCUGGGCAAGUCAUGUAACCCCAAUUGCCUCAAACCAAAAAAAAAAAAAGAAAAAAAUGAUGGGAAGUACUACCUCCUCUUUUGGGGGGCUGCUUCCAUGAAUAUUUAUUAAUUAAUUAAUCUUAAUGUUCAUCUAUACCCUCAACUCUGGAUCCAAGAAGAGUAAGCUUAUCCUGUUAAGCCAGAGCAGUGGUAGAGGAGAUUAGGCAAUUUCAUUCUUCCCAAGUAGUGAACCAGCUCCUAGUUCAUUAAAGGCCAUGCCUUUAAUGACAGCAAAAAGAAGAAAACACAUACCUCUGGAAUUUUCACAGCCACUGAGCAGUAGCUCCUCCAUGUUUCAGGGGGGCUUGAGGGGGAAGGGGAAGAUAGGAUUGGAAAGGAGAGAGCAAGGAAGGAAACUGGCUUCUUUGCAACAAAGAGUUUCUGUUGUGCAAAUUCUCCAACCAGGCAGAGAAGUAACUCACCUGUAACUUAGUCUUAGAGAGCAGCCUGGGAGCAGUGAGGCUAAAUGCACAUUGGUACACACCCUAUAUAUGUCCAGAAGGACUUGGAUUUAGGUCUUCCUGCCUCCAAGGCCAGCCCUCAAGCCACUUUGCCAAGCUUACAUUUCCAUAGUCAGACAAAUAAGCCACAGUUAUGGUCCUGAGAUAAAUCUGGUGGAACCUUUAAAUUAACUCUAACUAUACAUGGUAAAGAAGAAAAGAUGGAAAUACUAAGUCCAUGAACCUUUUAGCCAAUAGCUUCAUUGUCCCUACCACUCAUCUUUUGACCAACACCACAAGCAAGGAAUCAAAUUGACUACCCAAAAAGUAUUCAUCUUUCCCUUUCCUCAGCUCCUCUGAGAAAAUCAAAUUGAUAUUGUCUCCAUUUUUAUAAUUGAUUCUAUUCUGUAUCACCACCCAACAUUUUGCCUAAGUCCCUAAGUCACAUUUCUUUGGGUUAAGUUCAGAAGUUGUUCUUUCUGAGUUGUUUAAAAGUUCAGUUUUCCUAUAAAUUGCUUUAAUUAAAAGAUCUGUAUGCUACUAGCUGUCUGACCAAUUAGAGGAAAUCUAUAUACUAUUAUAUACUAUAUAAUCUAUAUACUAUAAUCUAUAUAAUAUCUAUACUAUAUACUAUCUAUAUACUAUAUAAUCAAUAUACUAUAAUCUAUAUAGCUAUACAGGUAGACACCACUAAUGAGUUUUCCAAAGUGGAAAGAAGAGCUGUUACUAGCCCUACAUACCUGAUAUCCAGCCAAUCAUAUUGUCCCCCGCUAUAGUGAUGCUUCUGACUUUGUAACCAAUCAUAUUGUUUUCUCCAUCUAUGAUGUUGUCAUAAUUUUUUUGGAUGCUCCCCCUUUUGUCUGUAAACAUUAUCUGUUCUCAUUCGAGGUCUUUUUGGCUUGCUGAGGAGCUAAAGACCCCUUUUAUUGGUAACUGCUAGCCUUACUAAUAAAUCGAAUGUACUCAAA